GAACUGGACAGCCAUCUGAGUGGGAUGGUGUAAACUGGUGUCCUGCAACAGCAGGGGGUUGGACCUGAUGGCCUUCAUGGCCCCUUCCAACUCUACUAUUCUAUGGCUCUAUGAAAGUUUGAGGAGAGCACUAUGGUCUUUGAAUCAGGCUUCAGGUGUGGCAGAGAAUGCUAUUUUGAAAAAAAGAUUCGGCCAACAGUCCAAAUGUCAAAAAGCAUAGUUUAGCAGCUCACAUAAAGCUCUUCAUUUGUUAAUGACUAAAUGAACAUCAAAGGAGAGGACAUCAAACAAUGCAAAAAUGCAUUGUUUUUGUGACUCAGAAUCCAGUGCUACCAGUGCCAAGACAAGCACCAAGUCCCAAAACAAAUAAUUGUUGGAGCCUCCUAGAAACUACAUUUCCCACAGUUCCAAGCCUCUGGGGGUGGUGUAGAAAUGCAUUGUCCUCAAAACAGUGUAACUGGGAAACGAAGACAAACAACACUUGCAGGCAGGAUGACUUGGCCAAGGUAAGAGCCCUGUAUGGCAGAAAAUUCUCACUUGUGUAAUUGCCUCAUUAAAUCAUGCUUGUUGAAAACUAACCAGAAAGGAACUAGAGCUCAGGGAGUAAUUCAGUCAAAUUAUUUAGAAGUGGUCACCUCACUCAUAUGUUACUACAAACUGAAUGGGCUCCAAGUUUCUAAAAUGAGAAUAUUACACAUAGAGCACCAGUGUAUUUACAUGUUUGGAAUCAUGUUUGGAGCUGAGGAUGUUUGGAAUUGAACUGUUGCUAUGUGUAUCUGCCAGAUUUUAGGCUGGGGAAGGCUGGUAUAAAUGUUUUAUACAAGAACAGGCUUGGUGGUGGCAAAAUGUUGUUGGGUUUAUGGAAAUAUCUUGUUCUGCGUUCUUAAAGGAUGUGGGGUCUAAAACACAAAUCGUACAAUUGUGAAAAAUGUGGCAAGGACUUCAUCAGUUGUGCAGCUCUGAGGUACCAUGCUCAAGCUAAACACCUUGGGAGAAUUCUUUGUGAAACCUGCAGCAAGUACAUUUUUCAAAAGAGUCCAGCACACCAUGAGGAGGCUGAUCAUGAAAUGACACCAACUAACAGGCAAAGGAGCUGCUGGAAUAUGACUCUGAAGAGGGAGACAAGAUUUGUGGCCAUGCAAACAUCUACAACCUGUAGAAUGUGCUCCAGGCAGUUUGGAACAGUCCAUGCUAGGGAGCACCAUGAGAAACAAGAGCAUCACUUCACUGCGAGUAAAAGAGCUCAAAUGUCCAUUGGUUUUAAACCUGAAAACUUCUUGGAGUAUAAAACAGCAAUGGAAAUAACAAAGUUUGUGGAAGCAAAACUCCGACCCAUUUCAGGACUUGUAAGGAUAGCCUGUGCAUCAGAAGUUGAAGGAAUUAUUGCGUUCAUCAAAGAACAGUUUCCAUUACCAGUAACGUAUGUUACCAAGGGUGGUUCAUAUAUGAAGGGAACAGAUAUACAAGAGUGGUCUGAUGUGGACAUAGUUCUCUUUAGCAAUGCUUUUGAAAGUUUAGAAGACUGCCAAAGGAAAACUCCAGGCGUACUAGAAGAGUUAGGAAGAAGACUGAUCAAAUCUUCAUGGACUAACAGGCUAAUCAUGCAGAAAAAAACACAAUUUUCCCUGAGGUGCUUUUUUAAGUGUUAUAAAGAUUGCCAUGGCCACUCAUUUGACAUCAUGCCUUGUUCUGACAUGCUCAGACCUACAUUAUCAGGGGGUUUAAAGGAAAGCUUUUACCGCAAGCUCUACCUCUGUAGUGACAAUGAUAAAAUCCAGCUGUACACAAUGGCCCUGCUGAAGUACCAAGUUGAAUUUGUCAAGGCAUCAACAACAGAGAGGGUGAAGGACCUCAUACGGCUAAUGAAACACUGGCUCAAAACGUCCUUCGCAGAACUAACAGAGGAAAAUAAGUUUCGCAGGCUCCCCUCCUCCUACACUGUGGAACUCAUCACUAUCUAUGUGUGGGAGCUGGCUGGAAAACCAAUCUUCUUCAGCUUUGUACAGGGGGUGAGAGCGGUUCUGAAGCUUUUGGUUCAAUAUCAAGAAAUCUGCAUCAUAUGGCACAAACAUUACAGGCCAAAUUUUACAAUUUUCCAAAAGGUGUUUCUGAAGCAAACCAGGCCGUUUGUUCUGGAUCCGGCUAACCCAACCUUCAAUGUGUGUGAAAACAGCAAUGCCUGGGAUGAGGUAGCUCAUGUGGCAAGGCGGAGCCUGCUAAAGCCGCUGUUCAAUGGCCUGCAGGCAAAAGAGCCAUGGCUUUUCACAAGGGAUUGGUGAACGCCAGCAUGCUCUCAUGUUCAGCCACCCAGCCUUGAGGUGCUGCGAUGGAAAACCUCAACAUUAAAACUGAGUGAAAACAGAGGGACAAAGAGUACAUUAGACACAACUUCUUUGUACAGUGCUUCUUUGUCUGGAAGACCAAUGUCUGUGAAGCAGAGUCCCUUGAAUUGGAGAAGGCAAUGAGAUAAAGAGAUAAAUAGACUGUCUCACCUUUCCUAUUCAGACUUGAAGACUAGGACUUUGGGGGCUGAGUUGAGGGAGAAAGAUAAGGAUGACAAAUUGUGUCCCCCUAGCCUUCUCAGCUCCCUCCAGGCUUUUCUGCAAUCCUCAUAGUAGCUUGCAGAAACAUGGAUUUCCCCAGCAACAAAAUAGUGUUGUGAAUGAUCUUUUCUGUAAUGCAAAGCACUUUGGAUGGCUUAAUUUUGAAUAGUUAGUUAUAUUCAUUAGCAGUUGACAGUUUUUUCUCUCCCUCCCUCUCUGUCUCUCACACAUGAAAACACUCACAACAAGCCACCAUGGGUUAAUUCACCUGUGAAGGCCCAUGAUGGAUAUUUUGCAUACACAAGUCUCUGUUGUUUGUUAAGUACAUCAGCAACCCAUCCUUAUAGGACUGACAUGGCCCUAGAAGCCAUAGUGUGGGUCUCUCUCUCUCCCUCUCCCUCCUCCCAAGUGCAAUGGUCUCAGUCUAAAUCAAGGCUGUGUGUGCUUACUUGGGUGCAAAUAAACCUAUACUGGAUUGCGACUUCCUGUAUGAUUAGAUGAUCAUUUAGUUUGGCCCUGAAAUGGCCUUUGGGGUUCACUCCUUACAGUCUGUCAUGGCAGUUUGUUUACUCCGAGUUUCUAUAUAUAACUAGCUUGACGUGCAGACACUCAAAGAAGAGUGGCAUGGGGAAUCAGAAUGCCACAUUUAACCACACCAGUGAGAAAUGGCUACAUCAUCUACACAAUCCAUAUCCCCUGACCUGAAAGUCUGCUUUAUGCUGUUCUUUCAGGCAUAUUGACUUCACAGGGCCUGCUUUGAAAAACAACAACAACUAUAAACUUCUAGUAAGUGGUGGCCAUGUGAGAUAGCAGAUGCAUCAUUAGUGCACUGGAAAUGCCAGUGGUGGCCCCCUCCUGGACAGAAGUUGUUAGAUACAUCAACUUUGUCCUAAACACGCAAUUCUUGUUUAAAGAUGUUGAUAUAUUGCUGAAUUCCAUUUUCACAUGGGGGAAGCUAUCCUCUGUCCACCACACGUGGCCUUCGAGCCCUCAUGUUGGCUAAGAAACUCAUUCUCUGUGGACGGGAAGACAAACCAUCUCCCUUAACCAUGCGGUGGACUGAGGACCUCACAUUGGCCUUCUGUGAGAAACAUCAACAACUCCUUCGUCUCAACACUAAUUCUGACAUUUGGUCAACCUAUCUCAACCUGUAUUUGUGUUAUGGAACAGGAACUUUGAACAUAUGUUAUCAGUAAUACCUUCAAGACCAGAUGAAUGCAUCUUUGAUCAUUACUGUGUGGCUACAUGGGUUUUUGUGUGUUCUUGUUUUGUCUCACCCCUUUCUUCUGUAUAUGUGUUUCUGGUUCUACUGUUCUUUUGUAUUCUCAGCAGGGUUUUUUUUUUUGCUGAUGUUUGUUUUGUUGAAAGACUGUAAAAAGGAAACAAAAAUUAUAUUAAAAACAACAACAACAAAUAGCCAAGGCACUUUUCCAAUAAUGAAAAUCUGUUCAAUUUUUCUGUAAACAUUUAAAGUCAAGGAAAAAAACACAUAAUAUAAUGCUUGCAGAUUUAUUGUUCAAGUGGUCAUUUUCAAAGAUCCUUACAUUUCAAAGAGUCAAAAACUCAAUUUUUUUUAUUAAAGGGUGUUCGUUUGGUUUGGUUUUGCAGUGCGAGAGAUUGGUUCUCUGCUGCCAUUCUAUAAUGUUUCAGCUGAAAGUGAAUUUAAGCCUUACUUGCUUUAAAGUAGGCCAUAGAGAAAACCAAACUGUCACAAUAGGGCAUUUAUGGCAAACAGAACAUUCAUAAUGCACAUCUUUUUAGAAAAGUUUCAGAAUAGUUUAUUUAACAGUUAUUUUCCAAAUUCAACAUGAGAAUGUGAUCCAAUAAAAAGAUAAUAGACAAUGUGUGUUUUUAAAUCCAAACUCAAGUUUUGAUUCUAAUUCUGAAUCUUGCAUUCCUAAGUAGAGAGGAAGUAUUACUUGAGUAUACGGAGACUGACAAGGUAUUUGCUAGACGGGAGUGGGAAGAAUGUAGGUUGAGAUCUGUUGAUAUAUCUCUAAAUUAUUUGCAAUAUCUGUAUUUAGUUAAGUGGCUCAUUCCAGGGAAUGGUUCAUCAGGAUCGGAGUAGCACUCAGGCUUAGUCCUACUUAGAGCAGACCCAUUGACACAAAUGGUAUUUAAGUUAGUCAAAACUCAUUGAUUUCAGUGAGACUACUCCAAGUGUGACUGGAACUUUGUGUUUCAUUGGCAAUUGGCUCAGUCCAUGCAUUUGAUUCCAUCAGGACCAACAAUCUCCUGCUACAAUAUCAAUUUGAUUUUGGAAUUAACCUAGCUUCACCUAUCUCAUUUUAAUUUUACUUGUCAUGAAAACAGGAAAAAUACACAUUUUCCUACAGUUGGGUAUGUCCUGAAAUGAACAGAAUUCAAGCAAUUCUUCCCGAAGAAAUUCCAUCUUGUCCACCUUCCUGAAGGGUAAUUGUUGGCAUUAUAGUUUCAUUCCAAUGAUUUCACUACUCUAAGUCUAAAGGCAUAUUUCUGCCCUUUCAAUCACUGCUAUGGAUAACAAAGGAAAUGAUACCCUGUCCAUGCUUGCUUAUUGCAGGUGUUUCCUUCCUCCUUCCCAUACACCUCUGAAAUGAACAAUGGGAUUAAACUAAUGUAGUAAACCAUUCUGUCAACCUUAUUUUGAUAAUAAAAAGACAAUGCCUUAGCUGCUAAAUGAUUGUUGCACUUUUUAAAGAAGCUGUAAACCUAAGCUACAUUUUUAAAAAAUCAGAAAUGCUUUAAAAUCUCUUGGUGACAUAGAAUUUCACAUUGUGUAAUGGCAGCUUUAGUCAAUUCCCAUGGCAGUGAAAGAGGAUGCGUAAGUGAGUCGUCCUUCCUCUGAACUUGCAUAUGAAAUGCAAGGACUCCCCAUGCCCAUGGAACACACACUGUUCACCCUGGGGAAAUCUGAGAUUUCCUGUUUUGUAGGUUGCAUAAUAUGUUUAUGGUAAACAGUUACUUCAGAUACUGAAGAUGAAACUCCAAUAGUUUGGCCACCUAAUGAAGGAAGGACUCAUUGGAGAAGACCCUGAUGCUGGAAAUGA